AUGGUUUCCAAACCUAACGAUUCUCCUCUAAUUCUCCAUCAAAAAUUAGUUGAAGAGCCGGCGGAUGAUGCUGUUGGAGCCUUGUCCCCCAAGAUAAAUCAGUUGAAAAAGCAAAUCCAGGCAGAGAGAAUUGAGUUCAUUGCUGAAAAACUUCAGAGGAACCAGAAGAAGCUGCAAUGCCACAUUUCAGGAAUAAUGGUAGCAAUAUCAACCAGGGACUCCUCACAGGCGGAAGAAAACAAGACAUGUCCAAUUCUUUCUUCAAGAAUGGACCAUCCUUCAUGUAAGUUCGACGGUUUUAUCAAUGUUUCAGGAGACAAAGACCACAGCAAUCAAGACAUAUCAUCUGUUACAAGCAUCAAGAUUCCGCGUAUUGAAAGAUUGCCACCAUAUACAUCGUGGAUAUUUUUGGAUAGGAAUCAGAGAAUGGCUGAAGAUCAGUCAGUCGUUGGAAGAAGACGGAUCUACUAUGAUCAACGUGGAAGUGAGGCAUUGAUAUGUAGUGACAGCGAGGAAGAAUUAACAGAACCUGAGGAAGUAAAACAUGAAUUUUCUGAGGCUGAAGACCGAAUUUUAUGGAUGGCAUUUGAGGAACAUGGGUUAAAUGAGGAGGUAUUGAAUGUUGUUUGCAAGCAUGUUGGGGGAACCAGUUUAGAAGUCCAGGAGAGGUACAAAAGUAUCAGGGAAAAUACUACUGGUAGGUUGGGCCAGCAUUCAAAAAGCUUAGGAGAAUAUGACUCUCCUAUGAGCAUGUAUCUAGAGAAAACCCUGAGUGAUGCACUAGAUUCUCUUGAUAACCUUUUUUGUCGCCGGUGCCUGAUUUUCGACUGUCGGCUGCAUGGCUGUUCUCAACCUUUGAUAUGUCCGAGUGAAAAGCAAACAGUUUGGUCUGAGCCUGAAGGUAAUAGGAAACCAUGCGGUGAUCAGUGUUACCUCCAGCAGUUCAAUGUCGUAAAAAAUAUGCCAAAAGAUACAACUCCUGGAUCUUUUCGGGAUAAGAAAAUUACAAUUGUAGAGGAAACAAAUGGGAUAAUGUCACCGCCGUCCACUGUCGAAGAACCUGACAAUCAGAGUACUAAACUUUCGACAAGAAUUGAUUGCCAUGGAUAUCUUAAUUUAAAUGACCAUGUCUCACAAAAUUUAGAGAAACGGAAAGUCACAAAUCAGUCAGACUCAAGAUUGCCUCCUGAUUCUCAGAAUUCUAGUAAAAAGCUAAAAAGAGUCUCAGAUGAUGUAGUUACUGUAGUUAAUGAUAAUAGCAAGAACCUAAACUUGGGUACAUGUGAUGAAAAUAAACAUAUAAAUACUUGUGCAAUUUUGGGCAAAUCGAUUGAACACGCUUCGAAUAAACUAAUAGUUCCUUCUAGCACUUGCCACAGUGAGAGUGACAAAGGUGUUGUGAAUGGAUCCAAAGUUGUCACAAAUGAGACAGAACUUAAAAAGCCGUUGAAUUCAAUGGAAGAACAGGUUGAUGAAAUGCCAGGUUUCUCAGAUUGGAAACCUCUAGAGAAAGAGUUAUACUUGAAGGGAGUAGAAAUGUUUGGCAGAAACAGUUGCCUCAUAGCUCGGAACUUACUUUCUGGUUUGAAGACUUGUAUGGAGAUAUCUAGUUACAUGCAUGAUCGAGGAGUAUCAAUGCCCCACAGAUCCAUCUCUACAGCUAAUUCAAUCAUGGAUGACAAGGGAAAAUUUGACACAGAGUGCACAGACCAAGACAUGCCAUCUAGGUCACGGUUGCUUAGAAAACGAGGCAAAACAAGGAAGUUUAAAUAUUCUUGGAAGUCUGCUGGUCACCCAACAACAUGGAAAAGAAUUGCUGAUGGGAAAAACCAAUCUUGCAAGCAGUAUACGCCUUGUGAAUGUCAGUCAAUGUGUGGAAAGGAUUGUUCUUGUGUUAAUGGUGGGACAUGCUGUGAAAAAUAUUGUGGUUGUUCGAAGAGCUGCAAAAAUCGGUUUAGAGGAUGCCAUUGUGCCAAGAGUCAAUGCAGAAGUCGACAAUGUCCAUGCUUUGCUGCUGGACGUGAAUGUGAUCCAGACGUCUGUCGAAACUGUUGGGUUAGCUGUGGGGAUGGCACAUUGGGGGAGCCACCACGGCGUGGAGAAGGUCAAUGUGGAAAUAUGAGACUUCUUUUAAGGCAACAGCAGAGGAUUCUCUUGGGGAAGUCUGAUGUUGCAGGAUGGGGAGCCUUCUUGAAGAAUCCUGUUAACAAAAAUGAUUACCUAGGAGAGUACACAGGUGAAUUGAUCUCACACAGAGAAGCUGAUAAGCGUGGAAAAAUAUAUGAUCGUGCAAAUUCAUCUUUCCUUUUCGAUUUGAAUGAGCAGUUUGUUCUUGAUGCUUAUCGGAAAGGAGACAAACUGAAAUUUGCUAACCACUCAUCAAAUCCCAACUGCCAUGCAAAGGUGAUUUUGGUUGCUGGAGAUCAUCGGGUUGGCAUAUUCGCCAAGGAACACAUUGAUGCUAGUGAGGAGCUCUUCUAUGAUUAUCGCUAUGGUCCAGAUCAAGCACCUCCAUGGGCUCGUAAACCCGAGGGUUCCAAAAGAGAUGAAUCAGAAGGUAGGGCGAAGAAACAUCAAUCCCAUUGA